CUUUCAAAUUCAAGUAAACUAGGGUUUAUCAUAUUUGGUCCAAAACCCUUGGAAGUUACUGACCAGACUAACGUAGGCAUCCGAAGAGGAAGAAGGCCGAAAAGGGCACUGAGCUUCAAAUGAAAUCAAUAGCAUAGAACGAUGGCGAUGUUCAUAAGACGAGCGCUCUCAUCCCCCCGGGCCUCCGUCUUCCGGGGAAUCGCCGCCCUCCAAGCCCGCGAAUUUUCCCCUGCCGUCUCUCCUCGCAUCCUCUCCGACCCCAGCCCUCCGCUCAGACCUCCAUUUCUCGGUCCUUCUGACUUCCUCAGAGCCAGCACCAGAGGCUUUGCCAAAGGCAAAAAAUCAAAUUCGUGCCCGGCAUCGAUAGUUGUAGGGGAUGAUUCUGCUUCAGGAUCAGUCGAUGUUUUGCCAGACAUUGGCCCCACUGUCAAGGAUACCGCUGCUUCACAGAUGGAUGCAGCCAUUGUCGCGUUAUCCCGUGAAUUAGCAAAACUCCGAACUGGGAGGGCCUCUGCAGGAAUGUUGGAUCAUAUUAUUGUUGAAACAAGCGGCGUAAAGAUGGCCUUGAAUCGGUUAGCUGUGGUGUCAGUUCUUGAUCCAAAAACGCUCUCCGUCAAUCCUUAUGAUCCGAACACUGUCAAGGAAAUAGAGAAGGCAAUUGUUUCGUCUCCUUUAGGAUUAAACCCCACGGUUGACGGAGAUCGUCUGAUUGCUGCUAUCCCUCCGCUGACCAAAGAGCAUAUGCAGGCAAUGUGUAAGGUGGUCACUAAAUCUUGCGAAGAUGUUAAGCAAAGUAUCAGGAGAGCUCGUCAAAAGGCCUUGGAUACAAUAAAGAAAGCAGGUUCCAGUCUCCCAAAGGACCACAUAAAGAAGUUGGAGAAAGAAGUUGAUGAGUUGACGAAGAAAUUUGUCAAGUCGGCUGAGGAUAUGUGCAAGGCAAAAGAGAAGGAGAUAACGUCAGGCUGAGUUGUAGUGCAUCAGAUAGCAAUUUCGAAGGUCACACCACUCGAAUUUUGGACUUUCAUGUUCAAUUUAUUAUACCUAGGUGGUCUUGUUUUGAUCCCGCAUGGCAAUUGACUGCAUAAAGAGUUCUUCCCUUGUCGGGAUUCCAUGUCCGUGUGUUCUGAACGUGGAGCAGUUUCUUGAAAUGUCAGGCAUGCAGAAGUAAUAGCAACUUUGAAAGGUCACACCACUCGAAUUUUGGACUUAUCAUCUUCAAUUUAUUCCAUCGUCAAUUUAUUGUACCUUGGUGAUCUUGUUUCUAUCCUGAGUGGCAAAUGAGAGACUACAUAAGCUGUUCUUCUUU